AUGGCAAUGGCCUCUAGUGUUCUUUUGAAGCUAUUCCUCGUUAUUUCCCUGCUCCAUUUGAGUUCAGAGGCGAGGAGACUCGCUGAGUCAACUCAAAACGACCAGCAGUUGCAGUUCCAAUACCAUAAAGGCCCUCUUCUCAGCGGCAAAAUCUCCAUCAAUCUUAUCUGGUACGGAAAAUUCACUCCUACCCAGCGAGCCAUCAUUUCCGAUUUUAUCACCUCUCUUUCCUCACCCAAAUCCAUCACAGCCCAACCAUCUGUCGCCACGUGGUGGAAAGGCACCGACAAAUACUACGAGCUCAUAAAGUCACCAAAGCAAGCCCUUACUCUCACCCUUGGUUCCCAAAUCCUCGACGAGAACUACUCUCUAGGAAAAUCACUCACCACGAACCACAUCGUUAUGCUAGCGUCCAAGGGUGCCCAGAAAGAUGCUAUUAACGUGGUUCUCACAGCCGCUGACGUGGCCGUUGAUGGUUUCUGUUCCAGUAGGUGCGGGACCCACGGUUCCAGUGGAAAGGCCCACAAGUUUGCUUACGUGUGGGUGGGUAACUCAGAGACACAGUGCGCGGGUCAAUGCGCGUGGCCCUUCCACCAGCCGAUUUAUGGUCCACAGAACCCACCGUUGGUUGCGCCCAACAACGAUGUGGGCCUUGAUGGCAUGGUCAUCAACGUGGCUAGUCUAUUGGCUGGGACCAUAACGAACCCUUUUGGGAAUGGGUUCUUCCAAGGACCCAAAGAGGCACCUCUGGAAGCUGCUUCGGCUUGCACUGGGGUGUAUGGCAAGGGUUCUUACCCAGGCUACGCUGGGGAUCUCUUGGUGGACCGAACAACUAGUGCUAGCUAUAACGCCAAUGGCGUCAAUGGCAGGAAAUAUUUGUUGCCAGCACUCUUCGACCCAACCACCUCAGCUUGCUCUACUCUAGUAUAACACAAAACAUGAUUCGUGUUAGUGCUAGGCAACGACCAAAGAUAUUUUUUAUUUAAUUCUUUUAUUGAUUCAUUGUUGUAUGAAUAAUGAUUAAAUAUAU